AAGUGCCCACCCCCGACGGCGGAGCUCGCGCUCGCACUUCCGGCAGGAGGAUCCCGGCCCGUAACGCCCACGGCUGAGGCCAGAUCAGUGCCCUGAAAAUCACGUGCCUUCUCUUGCAUCAAGCCAACAAUCCAUACGGUGAACUUUCCAUGUGUCAGCCUCAGACCUGGGGUUAAUCAUGGAGAGGGUCAACGCGGGCCACCAGCCCCUCAGGUGAGGACGGUGCCUGCGGCUCUGUGGACAGUUCUGAAUCAUGGAGGCAGAGAAAGUACCGGCCAGGAGACUUUCUCGUUGAGAGCUGUGGGCCCGGCCCUCCAGCUCUUCCUGCCGGCCGUCUUCAGGAGAGGUGCUGCCCCCGCUGACCCGAGCCAGGAAGCUGCAGCUUCCCCGGAUGGGGAGGUGGGCCCUCGACCUGGCCUUCGUGUGGAAGGCGGGGCUGACUCUGGGGCUGGUCCUUCUCUACUACUGCUUCUCCAUUGGCAUCACCUUCUAUAACAAGUGGCUGACCAAGAGCUUCCACUUCCCCCUGUUCAUGACGAUGCUGCACCUGGCCGUGAUCUUCCUGUUCUCUGCCCUGUCCAGGGCCCUGGUUCAGUGCUCCAGCCACAGGGCCCGUGUGGUGCUGAGCUGGGCCGACUACCUCAGAAGGGUCGCUCCAACAGCCCUGGCGACAGCGCUUGACGUGGGCUUGUCCAACUGGAGCUUCCUCUACAUCACCGUCUCGCUGUACACAAUGACCAAAUCCUCGGCGAUCCUCUUCAUCCUGAUCUUCUCUCUGAUCUUCAAGCUGGAGGAGUUGCGUGCGGCACUGGUCUUGGUGGUUCUCCUCAUUGCCGGGGGCCUCUUCAUGUUUACCUACAAGUCCACGCAGUUCAAUGCCGAGGGCUUUGCCUUGGUGCUGGGUGCCUCUUUCAUCGGUGGUAUUCGCUGGACCCUCACGCAGAUGCUCCUGCAGAAGGCGGAACUCGGGCUCCAGAACCCCAUUGACACCAUGUUCCACCUGCAGCCACUCAUGUUUCUGGGGCUCUUCCCGCUCUUUGCCAUAUUUGAAGGUCUCCAUUUGUCCACAUCUGAGAAAAUCUUCCGUUUCCAGGACACGGGGCUACUCUUGCGGGUACUUGGGAGCCUCUUCCUUGGCGGGAUUCUCGCCUUUGGUUUGGGCUUCUCUGAGUUCCUUCUGGUCUCCAGAACCUCCAGCCUCACUCUCUCCAUUGCCGGCAUUUUUAAGGAAGUCUGCACUUUGCUGUUGGCAGCUCAUCUGCUGGGCGAUCAGAUCAGCCUUCUGAACUGGCUGGGCUUUGCCCUCUGCCUCUCGGGAAUAUCCCUGCACAUUGCCCUCAAAGCCCUGCACUCCAGAGGUGAUGGCGGCCCUAAGCCCUUGAAGGGGCUGGGCUCCAACCCUGACCUGGAGCUACUACUCCGGACCAGCCAGCCAGAUGAGGAGGACAAUGAGGAGGAGUACUUUGUGGCCCAGGGGCAGCAAUGACCAGCCAGGGGACCAACUUGGAAACAGGUUGCUCCCCAGCCUUCACACCUGUCAGCGGCUCUGGGACCCACAUGGCCCCUCACAGCUGCCAGGGAACGGUGGAGCAGGAGUCUCCUGCAUUGGGCCUCGGAGAACACAUGACCACACGGUGGAACCAAGGCAGGGAGCUGGUCCAACAGGGGUGAGCACCAGGCCAGCCUCAGACAGGGCCGGAGGCGGGUCCAAGCUGUGCUGGCUUCACAGCAGGGGAAGAGAGUGGGCUGUUCUCAGCUGCUUGCCAGGCUCUGAGCGCCAAAAUGGCAAUGUCAGAGGCAUAACAGGUUUCUAAGGGGACUGGGUUUGGACUGCGGAGCAGUUAGAUAUGGGAGAUGGAGGAUCUGGGGCCUCAUCACCUGGAGAGCAUCUUUUCUCAGAGAGCAGGUCUAUUUAUAGUUUGGAAAUAAAGGGUUUAUGGUCCACUGGC